AUGCUAGAAACCGAAAGUAGACCGGUUACAUUUAAAAUGACAACAGCAACAGCACAGCGAGUCCGACAUGAAGGUCAAGAGGUUGACUUACAUGUACAAUCAGUUGGCAGCAACUGUCCGAUAACACUUAGUAAGGUAUGGUCAGUUAAAAAUCUACCGAUAUCGACACACUCAGCCGCAAAUAAUAAAGAUAUUAAGAGCAUUAAACACUUGUCAGAUAUUUAUAUACCAGAAAUAAGCAGCAAUAAAGUUCUGCUUCUAAUAGGCACCGAUACACCAGAAGCACAUAUUCCGAUAGAAGUGCGUUCAGGAAGUAGUCAUGAGCCAUAUGCCGUACGAACGCGCUUAGGAUGGAUCGUUAGAGGACCAAUCAACAACACAAGCCCCAGUGAUGUAGUUAACGUCAAUUUUGAGCAUGCAGAUAAUUUAAUUUUGCAGCAGCAGUUAGAGCGACUUUGGACCACUGAUUUUCUCGAUCAGCCUAGCACGGAGAAAGAAGUUACUGAUGUAAGUAAUGAGUCAAGUCACAUAUGGUACCUUCCACACCACCCUGUCACAAAUGAACAUAAACCCGGAAAGGUGAGAGUAGUCUUUGAUUGUGCAGCCAAAUUUAAAGAUGUUUCGCUAAAUAGCCGAUUAUUACAAGGUCCAGACUUUAUGAACAGCUUGGUAGGAGUUCUAAUGAGAUUUAGACAAGACCACAUUGCAUUAGCUGCUGAUAUAGAGGCUAUGUUUCAUCAAGUCCGCGUGAAAGACGAUGACUGUGAUGCUUUACGAUUUUUAUGGUGGCCAAAUGGAAACUUAAAGGUACAGCAAAAAUGUUACCAGAUGCAGGUUCAUCUGUUUGGUGCAACAUCAUCGCCCAGUUGUGCCGCAAACGCAUUGAAAAAGACAGCUAUCGACAACGGUGAGUUAUUUGAUACAGAGAUAGCAUCAACCGUAGAAAGAAACUUUUAUGUAGACGACCUCUUGAAGUCAGUGGACACGGAAGAAAGGGCCGUUCAGCUUGCAACGGAUUUACGAGAAAUUAUGAAACGUGGUGGAUUCCGAUUAACGAAGUGGUUAAGUAACAGUAAAGUCGUUAUAAACGAAAUACCGAAUUCGGAACGAGCACCUUCAGUUGAAAUUUUGAAGUCAAACACAGCUUUGCCGACCGAUCGCGCACUAGGCGUAAUAUGGGAUGUAAAUGAUGAUGCCAUCAAAUAUAAAGUCAAACUCGAAGAGAAGCCGCUGACAAGACGCGGAAUAACUUCUACAGUAAGUUCGAUAUUUGAUCCACUGGGACUCAUAGCGCCAACCAUUUUAAAAGGGAAAAUUAUAUUACAAGAACUUAGUAAACAGUCAAUUAAGCUUGGAUGGGACGAUCCUAUACCAAAAGAAAAAGAAGAAGAAUGGAUAAAAUGGAAAUCGACUCUGCCAGAAAUUGAAAAUAUAUCAAUACCUAGAUGCUUCAAGACAAAAGACAUGAAAGAAAUAUCUGAUGCUCAACUUCAUAUAUUUAGCGAUGGUUCUGAAAUUGGUUAUGGAGCAUGCGCUUACUUACGUCUAGUAGACACUAAUGGAAAAGUGAACUGUUCACUUAUUCUGGGGAAAUCUCGUUUAGCGCCAUUAAAACAGACAACAAUUCCCAGACUAGAGUUAUCAGGUGCCGUUGUUGCAUGCAAACUUUACGAAAUAAUUAGAGACGAAUUAGAGAUUAAGAUUGACAGCGUAGUGUUUUGGACCGAUAGUAUGAUAGUACUUGGAUACAUUAAGAAUGAAUCUCGUCGUUUUAAAACAUUUGUUGCAAACAGAUUGAGCAGCAUUCACGAGUUGACAUCACCAGGUCAGUGGCGAUACGUAGAUACAAGAUCAAAUCCUGCCGACAUAGCAUCUAGAGGCAUUCUUGCAACAGAUAAUAAGCAGAUCAAAUUUUGGCUCCAUGGACCAGAAUUCUUGUUGAAAGACUCGUAUGAAUGGCCGAAACCAAAAGCUGUAUCAACGGUAGACGAGCAAGAUAUUGAGAUCAAAAAGGUUGUUAUGAUUAACUCAACUACAACUGAUUCGAUACGCGAUAUAAUUACAUACUUUUCAAACUGGCAAGUAUUACAACGGACUGUAGCAUGGCUAAUCCGUUUCAAGAAAUAUUGUAUACGUCGUUUCUUAAAACGAGACGAUGAAAUAAAGACAGACAGCUUAGAUGCCGAUGAAUUACAGGAAGCAACAAGGUAUAUAUUGAUACAUGUACAACAAGAAUCAUUCUUAAAUGAAAUCAAAAUGAUUGAAAAGCAAAAUCCUGUUAAGAAAGAUAGUCGUUUAGCAUCUUUAAAUCCUGUUAUGCAUGAUGGGUUAUUGCGCGUCAAGGGACGUCUCAACUUGUCACUAAGCAAAUGUCCGGUCAUUAUACCAAAUUCUCAUCACGUUACCACUUUGAUAAUCAGGUCGUUUCAUGAACAAAAUGGUCAUACAGGAAUGGCACAAGUGCUAGCAUCAUUACGGGAAAAGUAUUGGAUUUUAAAAGGACCUAGUACUGUCCGAACAGUUUUGAACAGGCGUGUAAGAUGUAGACGAUAUCAAGCACCGCUUUGUUUUCAGAAGAUGGCUUCUGUUAUAGACGAUCAGAAAACUCCUGAUAAACCACCAUUUACCUUUGUUGGAAUAGACUAUUUUGGUCCAUUAAAUGUUAAAGUUGGACGUUCAGUCGUUAAAAGAUACGGUUGCCUUUUUACAUGUCUGACAACAAGAGCUGUUCACAUAGAAGUAGCUCAUAGUUUGACUACAGAUUCCUUUAUUUCUGCUUUCCAACGUUUUACGAGCAGGCGAGGCAUACCUGAAAAGGUGUAUAGUGAUAACGGGACAAAUCUUGUCAGUGGAGAAUCGAAACUUCGGAAAUAUAUUGAUCAAUGGAACAAAACAAAAAUAUCCAGUUACAUGUCACACAAGGAUAUUAAUUGGACUUUCAAUCCGCCAAAUGCUAGUCAUCGUGGUGGUGCAUGGGAAAGAAUGAUUCGUACGACACGCAAAAUUCUCAGAGCUCUUGCAAAUGAACAACUGCUUACCGAUGAACAGUUACUUACCUUUAUGGCUGAAGCCGAAAGAAUCGUCAAUGAUAGACCGAUAACAGCAGUCAGUAAUGAUUCUCGAGAUUUGCCAGUUCUCACACCGAAUAUGUUGUUACUUAUGAAAAACAACACUUCAAUACCGCAAGGGGUGUUUGACGAGAAAGAUGUGUAUGCUAAAAGGUGGUGGAAGCAGAUACAAUACUUAGCCAAUGUAUUCUGGAGACGUUGGUUACGUGAAUAUUUGCCAACUCUACAACAGAGAAAUAAAUGGCAAAGAGAACAGCGAGAUAUAAAGAUUGACGACAUUGUAAUCGUUGCAGAUGACCAUACACCGAGAGGAAAGUGGCCAUUAGGCCGAGUAAUUGAGGUUAUUAGGAGCCGCGAUAGUCUUAUACGUAGUUGUGUGAUCAAAACAAAAGAGUCAAAAUUUUUAAGACCAGUAACAAAACUAUGCAUACUUGAAUGUUCUCAAUAG